CUCUCUCUCUCUUCAAUUCUCUCCUCUGCACAACUAUGCCUACUCGAUGCGAGAUCCUCUGCGAGAUCCUCCUCGCUAUAUUUCUUCCUCCUGUCGGUGUUUGCUUCAGGCAUGGCUGCUGCAGCGUCGAGUUCCUCAUAUGCUUGGUGUUGACUAUCCUAGGUUACAUUCCUGGAAUCAUUUACGCUCUCUAUGCCAUCCUUUGCGUCGAUCGCGAUACCUACAACGCCGAUCAGUACCGUUCGCUUGCCUAAUGUUCGCCCUCUCUCUCUCUCUAGGAUUUGUGUUUGAACUGUAUUGUGAUGAAUUCGCUUGUGUUUGAACUCUCAGUAUUGAAUAUGUAGAUGGAGCUUGAUUUUAAAGUGAUUUGAUCUGAAUGAUGUGGAUAAGUGGAUGUUUGUGAUGAUAUAUCGGAAUAUUUGCUUGAUAAUAAGUCAGUGGUUGUGAAUGGAAGUUGUUCUGAUA